AUGGUCCAUCAACACGGCGACCAUCACGACAUCCCGACCCAUUCGCUCGUGAAGCGCAUCGGCGGCUGGCUCCCAACCGACCACCGCAUCCACCAGGAAUGGCUCGGCCGCACCAUCGACCGCGCCCACAAACGAUCCGGCCCCCCGGAGCAGACCAAGCUCAUCCCCGUGCUGCAGGAGUUCAAGGAGCUGAUUGAGGGCAAUGCGAGAAUAUACAUGUACUUCAACCAGAUGUGGGACGAGGUCCCGCAUCGUCCUCCGUACAACAAGGACCCGACUGGCAAGAGCCAGAUCAGAGACUACAAGCACAUGCUUGCUGUGCUGAACGAAGUUUUUGGGAGAGCACCAGAAUGGACGGAUGCUGCUGCUCAUGCUGGCAUGGUGGGGGUUCCGAUGGCUGCUAUUUUCGACUAUGCGAUGGGGACGCCGAGCGGGCAUGCGGCGUUUUUGGAUCCGGAUGUGAACAAGAUGUUGAAAAAGAUUUUGAAUGAGUGGGGGCGGUAUCUCAAGACGCCGGAAUCCGCCGAGGUUUUGGGGGAUCACUCGGCUGGCUGGUUCGGCGAGACGGGCUACAAAGACCUUAUGGAGGUGGCCAACACGCCGACUAAGACGUCGUUCAAGUUUGAGGAGAUGUAUCAUUGUGAUCCGUCAAAGAAGCACUACGGUUUCACGUCUUGGGAUGACUUCUUUACCCGCAAGAUCACGGACAAGUCCCGUCCUGUUGCUAGCCCGGAUGAUGACAAGGUUGUUGUCAACAGCUGCGAGUCUCGGCCUUACUGCGUGGCGAACAACGUCAAGUUGCGGGACAGAUUCUGGGUCAAGGGACAGCCUUACUCUGUAACUGACAUGCUCGCGCAAGACCCCCUGGCGGAGAAGUUUGCCAGGGGGACGAUUUAUCAGGCGUUUUUGUCGGCUCUGUCGUACCACCGCUGGCAUGCCCCCGUGUCGGGCACCAUCAAGAGGGCGUUUGUUGAGGAUGGGACGUAUUUCUCGGAGCCGCUCAUAUUUGACCAGAGCGGGGGGGAGGACAAGGUUGAUAUUGACACCAAGGGGAUCCAAGGGGCCUUGGGAUACCUCACUGCGUUGGCGACGAGGGCGGUGAUUUUUAUUGAGGCGGAUAACCCCAAGAUUGGGCUCAUGGCCUUUAUCGGGGUGGGGAUGGAUGAGGUGAGCACGUGUGAGAUUACGGUGAAGGAAGGGCAGAAGGUGAAGAAGGGGGAGGAGUUGGGCAUGUUUCAUUUUGGGGGGAGUACGUAUUGUUUGAUGUUUAGGGAGGAGACGAGGUUGAAGGGGUGGCCGGAUAUUGGGAAGUAUGCGGAGGCGAAUGAGAAUUAUCCGGUUAGGGGGGCGUUGGCGGUUGUCGAGUGAGUGGUGAUGUUGAAGGCUAAUGAUGGUGUUUGUAUUGUUGAGUAGUAACUUGAGACUGGUGUUAUGUUGAUGUCGG